AUGUUGUACCGCACUGGUUCUCUCCUGCUGGUUCUGCUGGUUCUCGGCUGCCUUCAGACCUUCACCCAGGCUCAGAACGUAAAUGGACCAGGUGAAUGCUGUUUCGGUUACUUCACACGGCCAAUACCAAAAAAAGACAUUAUAGGAUAUGAAGAAACCAGACCAGACUGUACACAACCUGGAAUCAUUUUUACCCUCGUGGAUGGGAGACGUAUGUGUUCAGACCCUGGUGAUAAGUGGGUGAAGAGACACACUAAAACAUUAACCAAUCUCACAACAAAAAGCCCAGCAUUAACCUGA